AUUAUCCAAAGGAACCAUUAGUAGAAACGAAUCAUGAAAAGGAUUGAAGUUCACUGUGACGUUGGAGCCGACGGUGUGAACGUUUCAUGACUAAGCUCUCCAUCAACGCCCUGGCCGUUCACUAAAGGAAUCAUUUUCCAAUCACCAAGUCAAGUCUAUAGUUAUGUAACUACCAAUAAUAAACCUUUGUUUGGAUGAAAUGGCUAGUUAAAUUCAAUGCAUGGCCAUACACACUCCUCUCCCACCCACACUCGCUCACUAGCGAUAUUGCGACGGUAACAUUUAUAUGGAAGGGUAAUGCUGCUGCCCAGGCACCCUAAUUGAGGGAUAUACUAUAUACAUUUACCCCAUCCCAGCGAGGCCUUCAACAGCUUAUACGGAGACAACAAAACUCAAAUCUCGCCACAUCGUGGUCGUCGCACUCUAGCCAACCACCAUCAUAUCAUGUCUUGACCGGGAAAGGAAUGUUUAUCUCUGUGACCAUAAACAGGGUAUCUAUCUGGGCUAUAACUGGCAGAAAACCCUCCAGUCCGAAUUCAAGGAAUUGGUUCAGCUGGCGGUAAACGAAUGCGUGGAAGGGAAGAAGGACCUUGGGGAGGAGGCUCGCUGGAUAAUCUUUGACAAAAAAGCUUUCUUGAAAGCUCUUGUACUCUCAUAAAGGCUGUCGACCCUUUUGCAAGGGGAAUAUUUAUGGGUUAAUAGAGUUGUACAUGUACAUGUACCUGAGCUUGCCGCAGAAUUACCGCCCCUUUGCCAUGGAAAGUUUUACACCUCCAAAGGUUAAUUGCCAGGCAGGAUAUCGAGCACCUGAAUAAACAUGAGUUGGUAGUCACCAAUAAUCAAAAUAGACAUCAUAAAACAUCAUAAAACAUCAGUCCUGGAAUCAAGUAGGAAUUUCGCAACCUGGGAAAAUGGGAGUGUUUCACCUCAUCUCAUAUUUAUAGGCAGGCAGGUCUCCCGCCAAGAAAUGACAUUUAUUUAUUUAGCUGCAUAAAUAAAUAACAGCUUAAAUAUUUCCCCUGCCGACGCCAGCCAGCAAUUCUUCCCCUCCCCUCCCCUCUCUUCCUCUGCGUCUAUCACCAUGCAUCUCUCCUCUUGAUAUCUGCGUUUUGGAUAUGCAGACCGGUUUCUAUACCACUACCUUGAUCGGCCUCGUGUGUUUUGCUCGCCAUGUAUAUCCCCGACCAGCCCCAGAAUGUCUCCUUUCCCUGGGCAACGGCCACCUCAGCGUGUGAACAGCGAGGAUGUCCCGUAACAGAUGCUGCAAACCUGAAAAAGAGGAAGAGAGAUAUGGGUAAUUGGGAUGGCCAGAUCAACGCUAAUAUAGGCACUUGCACCGCUUUCAUCCCCGGCAAUGCUCAACACAUCGAGGAUAGAUUUAGAAAUGGAUACAGUCAGUUCUUGAAAGAUUCCUCGUCGGGUGCAAUAGCUUCCAAAUUUGCUCUGCGGCCCAGCCCUGAACGGAGAACACAUCACUCCCGUCCAUCCUGGCAACCAGCGGCAAUCAAGCGGCGGCGUUUGAUACAGCACCAACAAAACCAGCAAUCACAGCAGGAAUGGAAUACUAUUCCAAGAAACAUAUAUUUAGGACAGAAGCAACAUUUCUACACUCCUGAUUCUGAGAGCACCUCGCCCACACUCGCAUUAAAAUCAUCAACACCAUCGCCACCGUUUCAAAAAGCGAAAUCCAAUACACAUAACAAUAACUAUGACGACGACCCCUCGAUUUCGUCCGUCUCACAAAUAAACAACAAAACCACAUCCCACACCUCCUUAUCUCCCUGCCACAUCUGCCACCGUCGCCCCACAACCCGUUCCACCCUCGACGCAUACGCCGACUGCGACCUCUGCGCCGAACGAACAUGCUACAUCUGCCUACGUGAGUGUAUGGUAGUCGAUUGCAAUGGCCCUCGUUCCCCUUCGAAUCCAGGUCCAGGCUGUGGCAAGGAUAACAAUCAUAAUAAUAACGAUGGUGGUGGAGGAGGCAAAGCGUCCGAGUGGAGAAGGAAGACCUCACCGCCAAAUUCCAGGCCAGGGCAUGGAGACGAGGGAGCAGAAGAGAAUGGUGAAAGAAUGGGACGGAAGGUGUGUUCAUGGUGUGCGGUUGAGAGCGUCCUCGACGGCGGGGGAGAGUUUGUGAGGUGUUUUGCGUGUGUGGCUGGAUGGUGAACGGCCACGUACUUGGUUGGUUCAUUCCCUUUCAGUUAGGUUUGGGAAGGGGAUUAGAUGGGAGUAUGAUUUUAGGGGCAUGCGGCAUAUAUCUCUUUUGUAUUACUAUGCUUUAUGGCUUCUUCUUCACUGGAGGGGAUUAUAAGAGUACAGAUACCCCAGUCUCUUUUUUUAUUUCUCUUUCUCCCCCCAUUCUGGGACACGUGCUUGCCACGACACUCUGGACAGCAUCCAGGGUGAUACAUUCACUCCUUCUCCUUUUCUUUUUUCUUUCUUUCUUUUCAAUAUGAUAGAAUGCCAGCCACGCAUCAUGACUUCUUUAUGGUUUGGAAAGAUUAGAUCAUAAGGAGCAUGAUGGCGGGAAAUCUCUUUUACAUUGUUAGUUAGCAAGCGAAGUAUAUAGGUAAUAGGUUUUACUUUUGUAUUAUAUUAUAGAACGUCGUUCUGGAUAUUCCAUUUUUAUUGCGCAUGAGGACUCAGGUGCGGUGUGUUAUGUGUACUAUAUAGCUAGUGUCCGUUAUUCUAUAUACUCUUCUAGCUACUAUUGACUUAACAGUCAGAAAUAAUGUCCUUUAUACAGGCAAAAAACAAAAAGCCUGAGCCUGACGGUUUGCACCCCAAAACAAGCGAGGUUAAGAGGAAC